AUGUUCUCAAUGUAUGUGACUUCAUACAAGUUGGCGUAUUCGCAGGACCAAUUCACAUGGUUUUACUACCGAGGUGACAGUGACAACGAUAAGGUAGGGCCGGUCAAAAGUGUGUCUUGUCCUAAGCAUAUUGUUAUUUGACUCGGGAGAAUGAAAAUGGACUAAAGAAUUCAUUAAAAACAGCAAGAUCAAUGCGACAAAAUAAAUGCAUCCGCAAAUAGCUUAACAAAUAAAUAAACCCCGCCUUUCAGAUGGUAUAACGCUACCGGCUAUAAAGUCAUAAAAUUUGCUCACAAGUCUAUUAAUUAAAAGCUAUCAGGCUCUUGGAGGAAAGUACUUAGCCCACCCCCCACAGUUGUUUACAUUUUUAAAGUCACGUGAUAUUAUUGCACCAUGAGCGAGAAGUUGUACGCCACAGGGCGGGAAGGAUUAUUAAACCUGCUGAACGAGACUUUUGUGUCUUCCUCUCUGUUGUACGAAACAACCUGGCUGUUACAUUCUCUUGGUCACCAGAAGCUCCUCCCAGCCAGCCCCAGUAGGUAACUAUAGCAGCUCCUCAGAACAUUGUAAUUCCUGUAUUGUAAUUCAAACAAGUUGUAUUGUAAUUACCAUAUUGCAAAUAACUUAAUCAAGACUUGGCGGAAAUGCAUCCAUACGUAUUUUCUAACUCCUGAAGAUCCUUUACUUUUUAGGUUCUUAAUGGAAACAAAGAUCCGUACCGAGUGGUUACAAACAGUUUGCCGAGACCAAUUCACACACGCUUCGUGCGACUGUACCCUCUUUCUUGGAAUGACGCCCUUGUUAUGAAGCUUGAGUUGUACGGCUGCAUUUCUUCGUAA